CCGGGCCGGCCCCGCCCAUCCCGGGGAGUCCCAGCCGGCGAUUGGCACGCCCAGCGCCCCCACACGUGGGGCGGGGGUGGGGGUGAAUGAAAUGGAAGCGAUUCCCCCGCCCCCGCGUUUACCUUCCCCUCCCUGCGCGGCCCGCCCCCUCGGGCUCCCAGUCCAGCGCCUGCCCACCGGCUACCGACUGCACCCGACCCUGGCGUCCGACAACCCCAGACCAGGACCCCGCAUCGCGGACCGGCGAUGGCCAAGCGCAGCUCGCUGUCCAUCCGCAUCGUGGAGGGGAAGAACCUGCCAGCCAAGGACAUCACCGGCAGCAGUGACCCCUACUGCAUUGUGAAGGUGGACAAUGAGCCCAUUAUCAGGACAGCCACGGUGUGGAAGACCCUGUGCCCCUUCUGGGGUGAGGAGUACCAGGUACACCUGCCACCCACCUUCCACGCGGUGGCCUUCUACGUCAUGGAUGAGGAUGCGCUCAGCCGGGAUGAUGUUAUCGGGAAGGUCUGCCUUACCAGGGACACCCUGGCCGCUCACCCUAAGGGUUUCAGUGGGUGGGCCCACCUGAUGGAGGUCGACCCUGAUGAGGAGGUUCAGGGCGAGAUCCACCUUCGGCUGGAAGUGGUGCCAGGGACCCGGGCCUGCCGGCUGCGCUGCUCCGUGCUGGAGGCCAGGGACCUAGCCCCCAAGGACCGGAAUGGUGCAUCUGACCCCUUUGUCCGUGUGCGCUACAAUGGCCGGACUCAGGAGACCUCGAUCGUGAAGAAAUCAUGCUACCCACGCUGGAACGAGACAUUCGAGUUUGAACUGGAGGAGGGAGCCACAGAGGCACUGUGCGUGGAGGCUUGGGACUGGGACCUUGUCAGCCGCAACGACUUCCUGGGCAAAGUGGUGUUCAAUGUCCAGAGACUGUGGGUGGCCCAACAGGAGGAGGGCUGGUUCAGACUGCAGCCAGACCAGUCCAAGAGUCGGCAGGAAGCGGGCAACCUGGGCUCCUUGCAGCUGGAGGUGCGGCUGCGAGACGAGACAGUGCUGCCCUCUGGCUGCUACCAGCCCUUGGUGCAGCUGCUGUGCCGUGAGGUGAAACUGGGCACCCAGGGCCCAGUGCAGCUGAUCCCACUCAUUGAGGAGAUGACCAGCACUGAAUGCCGCCAGGAAGUGGCCACCAACCUGCUCAAGCUCUUCCUGGGGCAGGGACUGGCCAAAGAAUUUCUGGACCUGCUCUUCCAGCUGGAGCUGGGUCGCACCAGUGAGGCCAACACCUUGUUCCGGAGCAACUCUCUGGCCUCAAAGUCCAUGGAGUCUUUUCUGAAGGUUGCUGGGAUGCGGUAUCUGCACGGCGUCUUGGGCCCAAUCAUCGACAGAAUAUUUGAGGAGAAGAAGUAUGUGGAGCUGGACCCCAGCAAAGUAGAGGUCAAGGAUGUAGGGUGCUCCGGGCUGCACCGACCACAGACCGAAGCCGAGGUGCUAGAGCAGAGCGCACAGACGCUGCGCGCCCAUCUGGGGGCGCUGCUAAGUGCUCUCUGUCGCUCAGUUCGUGCUUGCCCAGCUGUGGUCCGCGCCACCUUCCGCCAGCUCUUCCGGCGUGUGCGUGAGCGCUUUCCCAGUGCCCAGCACCAGGUGCGCCCUCUGCAGAACGUGCCAUUCAUCGCUGUCACCAGCUUCCUGUGUCUGCGCUUUUUCUCUCCUGCCAUCAUGGCACCCAAGCUCUUCCACCUGCGGGAGCGGCACGCGGACGCCCGCACCAGCCGCACUCUACUCCUGCUGGCCAAGGCAGUCCAGAACGUGGGCAACAUGGACACGCCUGCUUCCAGGGCCAAGGAGGCUUGGAUGGAGCCGCUGCAGCCCACCGUGCACCAGGGCGUGGCCCAGCUGAAGGACUUCAUCACCAAGCUAGUGGACAUUGAGGAGAAGGACGAGUUGGACCUGCAGAGGGCGCUGAGCUUGCAGGUGCCACCAGUGAAGGAGGGGCCACUCUUCAUCCACAGGACAAAGGGCAAGGGUCCCCUCAUGUCCUCCUCUUUCAAGAAGCUCUACUUCUCCCUUACCACCGAGGCCCUCAGCUUCGCCAAGACGCCCAGCUCCAAGAAAUGUGCCCUCAUCAAGCUAGCCAACAUCCGGGCAGCAGAAAAGGUGGAGGAGAAGAGCUUCGGCAGCUCGCACGUCAUGCAGGUCAUCUACACGGAUGAUGCAGGCCGGCCCCAGACUGCCUACCUGCAGUGUAAGUGUGUGAACGAGCUGAACCAAUGGUUGUCUGCACUGCGGAAGGUGAGCAUCAACAACACCGGCCUCCUGGGCUCCUACCACCCUGGUGUCUUCCGAGGGGACAAGUGGAGCUGCUGCCACCAGAAGGACAAGACAGAUCUAGGCUGUGAUAAGACCCGGUCACAGGUGACCCUGCAGGAGUGGAAUGACCCUCUGGACCAUGACCUGGAGGCCCAGCUCAUCUAUCGGCACCUGCUGGGCAUGGAGGCUGUACUGCGGGAGAAGCACCGGAAGCUGAGUACAGGCACAGCGGCAGGCUUGAUGCCCAUAGGCCCUGGCGAAGCUCCCGAGGACCCACUGGCCCAGCUGCUGCAGGUGCUGCAGGACCUCCAGGAGGCCCAUAGCCACGGCCCAGCCAGCUCUGCACCCUUGGAGUCAAACCGCCUCCUGGAGCUGCAGACGUGAACUCUGCCCCACACUCCCUUGCCGAGCCCCUGUCAGGUGCUUGGAGACCCCCAGUGCACUCCUGGCCCUUCACCUCAGUUCCUCUCAUUGGGGUGCAGGGCCUUGAGUCUUUCCUGGGCUGGGAGACUUUGGGAGGCCAGGGACCAGAGGGUGCAGAAGUCAGGAACUGACAGGACUUGGGCCUGUCAUUGCCCAUGCAAAGUCUCUAGGGGACUCUGGGGGUUUGUGCUCCUCUGUGAGGCCUGGUUGCUCCUUACAGCCCCUGCAGCCAUCACCACUACUAGCCCAGACUCUCCGGGACCCUCCUCUCUUGCUCAGGGCAGACCCAGCCAGAAACUAUCCCUAGGAUGGUCCACACUAGGGAUAGUAGACUGACACUUCCUUGGACUUCAGAGAGGCGGGAGGGAACAUGUGCCCCAGGAAACCAGGCCUCGAUCUCAGCACCCACAUUACUCUCGGCCACCACCCCACCCGCUCCCCUCACAGUGGCUGUGCCCUGGGAGAGUGUCACGGUGCUCUGUUGCCAACAAUAAACCUGUGACUGCG